AUGUCUGGGACUGAGAGACCACGGGAGGUCCAGGGCUGGGACUGGGAGACCACGGGAGGUCCAGGGCUGGGACUGGGAGACCACGGGAGGUCCGGGGCUGGGACUGGGAGACCACGGGAGGUCCAGGGCUGGGACUGGGAGACCACGGGAGGUCCAGGGCUGGAGGAGCUCUUAACUUUCCGCCCACACUCUCUCUCCUCUGCCCGCUCCACCACCCUGGCCCCGCCCCUGACUCCGCCCCCUGUGCCUCGCUCUCUCCCCCUGCUCCCGCCUCCUUCGCUCGCCCUCUUACAUCACACGCACAUCGACCAAUCAGAGGCAGCGAACAAUCCAUCACUGUCAGAGCCGUGA